AGAAGAGCGCGCGGGGGGAGGUGGAAAUGCGGGGAGCGCGCCUGGCGCAGAGAGCUGAGUGGACCGCUCCAGACAGCGGCGCGUGCAGCAGCUCCUGAAAGCGGCGAGUUAGCAGAGCCGGGCUGCGUUUCCAGCAGGAGCUGCGAGCUCAGUGCAAGCUCACAACAAGAUGCUCAAGGUGUCAGCCGUAUUGUGUGUGUGUGCAGCCGCUUGGUGCAGUCAGGCUCUCGCCGCUGCGGCGGCGGUGGCUGCGGCCGGGGGGCGGUCGGACGGCGGUAAUUUUCUGGACGAUAAACAAUGGCUCACCACGAUCUCUCAGUAUGACAAGGAAGUCGGACAGUGGAACAAAUUCCGAGACGAUGAUUAUUUCCACACUUGGAGUCCAGGAAAAGCCUUCGACCAGGCUUUAGAUCCAGCUAAAGAUCCAUGCCUAAAGAUGAAAUGUAGUCGCCAUAAAGUAUGCAUUGCUCAAGAUUCUCAGACUGCAGUCUGCAUUAGUCACCGGAGGCUUACACACAGCAUGAAAGAUGCAGGAGUAGGCCAUAAGCAAUGGAGGGGUCCCGUAUCAUCCACCUGCAAGCAGUGCCCAGUAGUCUACACCAACCCUGUGUGUGGUUCAGAUGGGCACACCUACUCUUCUCAGUGCAAACUAGAGCAUCAGGCAUGUGUCUUAGGAAAACAGAUCUCAGUCAAAUGUGAAGGACGUUGCCCGUGUCCUUCAUUUAAGUCCACAAGUACAAGCAGAAAUGUUAAGAGAGCAUGCAGUGACCUGGAGUUCAGGGAAGUGGCAAAUAGAUUGCGGGACUGGUUCAAGGCCCUUCAUGAAAGCGGAAGCCAAAACAAGAAGACAAAAGCACUACUGAGGCCUGAGAGAAGCAGAUUUGAUACCAGUAUUUUGCCAAUUUGCAAGGAUUCACUUGGCUGGAUGUUUAAUAGACUUGAUACAAACUAUGACCUUCUACUGGACCAGUCAGAGCUCGGAAGCAUUUACCUUGAUAAGAAUGAACAGUGUACCAAGGCAUUCUUCAACUCUUGUGACACAUACAAGGACAGUUUGAUAUCUAACAAUGAAUGGUGCUACUGCUUCCAGAGACAGCAAGACCCACCUUGCCAGACGGAGCUCAGCAAUAUUCAGAAGCGGCAAGGGGUAAAGAAGCUCCUAGGACAGUACAUCCCCCUAUGUGAUGAAGAUGGUUACUACAAGCCAACACAAUGCCAUGGCAGUGUCGGACAGUGCUGGUGUGUUGACAGAUAUGGAAAUGAAGUAAUGGGAUCCAGAACAAAUGGUGUUGCAGAUUGUGCUAUUGAUUUUGAGAUCUCUGGAGAUUUUGCAAGUGGAGAUUUCCAUGAAUGGACUGAUGAUGAAGAUGACGAAGACGAUAUUAUGAAUGAUGAAGAUGAAAUUGAAGAUGAUGAUGAGGAUGAAGGGGAUGAUGAUGAUGAUGAUGGUGAUGAUCAUGAUGGAUACAUCUGAUUGAUGAGAGCUGAGAUCAAUAAAAUCUACAUUUCUAUUAUUUACAAAGUGAUAACCUAUUGAGAAUGACCUUCUUGCCCCAAAAUAAAAUGAUUCUAAAACUCACAUAUAUUUUGUAUAAUUAUUUCAAAUAUUAGAGCUAAUGUCAUAGAACUUUAUGUUUAAAUAAAAAUCAUUUACUUUGAGUUUUUAUAUGCCUUAGAGAAAAAGAAAACAUAUAUCAAGUCUAGCCAGGCAAAAGAAAGUGAGGAAGAUCUACUGAUAAAAACAAGAAGUUUUCAUAAAAACAAUCUAUAUACAUCUCCCACAAAUAAAAAAACAACCAGUGCUCAAGGUUGUAUACAUUAUUUUUCUGAGAGUCUAAGUUGAAUUUACAGGAACUUAUUUGUGGCCUAGGCCCCAAGGAUUUUAUAAAAAUAAGCAUGACCUUAAUUGCUAUUCCAAAGUAGCAUCUUCCCAAAUCUACAGUGAAUGAGGGGAUACCACAGGGUAAGAAAAACAGUGAGAAGUGUAGAGUCCUCCAUCGUGUUUACAUUAAUAGUGAUGCUUUCAAUUAUGACAUUAUUCUGGAAAUACUAGGAUAUUUUACAAAAUGGCAAGUACAGAAAACCAUGGAUUCUGAAAGUUGAAACCUUAGUUAUCCUUUCUAAUUUUUAUUUUAAUUUGGAUAGCAUUCUCAUGUAGAUUUUUUUAUACUCUUAAACAGCAUAGUUUCUUUACCUUUCUAGAUUUCUUUAUCUUUCUGACCAGCAAUUUAGGGUGCAGAAUUUAAAGGAGGAAGACAAAAGGAAAGAUUCAUUUGAAUCACAUUUUCACAAAAGUUUUGUCAUUUGCCUCAGUGUCAAAUUUUAAAAUCUCAAUUCUUAUUUUAUUUCUUAUUUUAGAUAAAAAUUUGCAUUUAAUCUUAGAAUUAUGCCAUUUUUAUUACUAGUGUCGCAACUUAGAGACCGUAUUGUAUGAUGCUUUGCAAAAUAGAAAUAGAAAGGUUUUAGCAUGCAUACCAAUAUAGGAUAUUAGGCAAUAUAUAAGCACACCUAAUUAACAAAUUAAUACCAGUAAAGGUACUGCUGCUGGAAUGAAGAAAAUGGAAUAUGUUUCUUUCUUUUUUUCUAUUGUUACAUAAUUGCCAUGUGGACUUGUUUAUGAUUAUUGUGUAGAGUAGCAUUAAGAUUUAACUGUAACAAAAAUUACGUUAAUUGCUGUAUUUAAGUUAGCAUGUUAAUUAAUUGUGUAGACAUUUUGACAAACCAUCACUUUUAAGUAUAUCAGACCUAUGGUUUUGUGCCCAUAAUACAAAUGGAAAACCCUAUUGAAUGUUACACAUCGGUAUCAUAAUUUAAACAGUGGGUCAACUUUUCUCCCAAUAUACAAUCCAUUGAAGGUAAAAUUGGUGAAUUAUUUCCAUUUGAUUUAUACACACUAAAAAAUAAAUUUUAAUGUUGACUUUAUGUAAUAUUUAAAGUACAAUGCAUUUUCUUUUUUACCGUUUAUGUAUAGUUUACAAAAUAAAGAAUCUUGUAACCAAAUUAAACUGUUUCUUAAUGAUUUUC